AGUUUAGUAUGUAGAAUUCUUUCAUUUUGGCUAAAGGUCAAGGGAGAUAUUAUCUGUUGCGGUUAAUAAUGCUAUCUGAAAACUCGCUGGCGGCUGACUUGUUCGCCGCCAUGGUUUGCUGCGCCGUUAUAUUCGCUUUUCUCUUACUCUGGAAAGAGACUGCCAGACGAGGCGUAGAUCAGAAACUGAAUCGGAAGCUUGUGCAUAUAAGCAUCGGUCUAGUUUUCAUGCUUUGCUGGCCAUUAUUCAGUCCGGGAUUUCGUGGAGCAACUUUAGCAGCUAUUACUCCUGGUGUCAAUAUUGUACGGAUGCUUCUUAUAGGUUCUGGAAUAUGGAAAGAUGAAGCCACUGUGAAGUCAAUGAGCAGACAUGGAGACUACAGGGAACUUCUUAAAGGACCCCUUUAUUAUGCUAUAACGGUUACUUUGGCUUGUGCGGUAUACUGGAGGAAUUCACCUAUUGGAAUUGCUGCAAUAUGUAACCUUUGUGCCGGCGAUGGUUUCGCAGAUGUUGUAGGAAGGCGAUUCGGUAAACAGAAACUUCCUCACAACAGGAACAAGUCCAUAGCUGGUAGUGUUGCAAUGGCCACAGCUGGUUUUUUGUCUUCUAUAGGGUAUAUGUAUUACUUUUCCUACUUCGGAUAUAUUCAAAAGAGUUGGGGGAUGGUUUUAGGUUUCUUGAUUGUGUCUCUUGCCUCAGCCCUGGUGGAGUCCCUUCCGAUUAGCACCGAGCUUGAUGACAACCUUACGGUUACCUUAACGUCGAUAUUAAUCAGCAGUCUCAUUUUCUGAUUUAAGAAUCUGUGUAAAACUUGUAAGCUGCACAAGCAUUGUUUAAUGCUUAUUUUCCUGACAAUUUACUAUGAAAAAAAUGUUGUAACUUGGCACGACAUUAAAACACUUGAAAUAUUUUGAUUCUACUGAUGGCAUUGAAGUUCCAA